AUGUCUGGUCACCAUCCAAUUCGUGUUCUUGAGAAAACAUUCAUGCACACUGAUUUGCCGGCUCAAAUCACUAAAGAAACGGCAGAACAGUAUGCUAUUUCUAAAAGAACUCUUCACUUGUCCGCAUCUACUUUGAAGUCAGAAAUAGAUGUUUAUCUCUUUGCUGGUGGAUUUCUUUAUAUUCCUUCGCCUCUUAAGUCAGUGGCUAAGAAACAAAUCGUGUCUUCUGUUUUGACCCAAGUGCUUUAUCCGCCAUAUCGUAACAGUCUUGAUCGAGCUCUGGAUUUGACGGACAUAGAUCUUUAUGCUGAAUUCCAGAAAAAGACGCCAUCUUUGGCUGUGCAGAUGCUUAAUGACCCGGUGGCUAAUGUAAAGCUUAAGCAAGAUCCUUAUGCUCCGCCUGAAAUCAAAGAAGCUGCCGCUAAUGGUAUAUUUAUUAUUGAUCCUAUUUCGCUGAUCAAAAAGAUUCGUUGGAGUAGUCUUGGCAUUUACUAUGAUUGGGAAAGGAAAAUGUACGACCGGACUAUUAACAAUCCUUUCCCAGAGAUUCUUCUGCAAGCUUGCCAGGACAUUUCUACUUUCAUUUGUCAAGUUCCUGAUUUUGUCCCUGAAACGGCUGUUGUAAACUACUACCAAAAGAAGGACAGGAUUAUGAGCCAUAUUGAUCGCUAUGAAGAAGAUAUGACUAAGCCUCUUAUCUCUUUCAGCUUUGGGGCCUCCUGUAUCUUUGUUUUGGGCAAGAAAGAGAAAGAAAGCUCUGAGGUUUCUUCCUUCCUCCUUCAGGAUGGUGACAUUGCCAUCUUAAUUGGUGACUCGCGUGAAUACCUCCAUGGUGUCCCUAAAAUCCUCACUGAAAAUACCGGACUUUCUGAGUACGCCGACGAGCCGUAUUUCCCUCUUAUCAACGAAUCCCGCAUCAACAUCAGCAUUCGCCAAGCUUUCAAACAUCCUAGCCCGCCCCCAUCAAAGAUCUAA